CCCUUGUGGGUGUUGCUGCUCCGCAAUUGGUUGGCAGAUGGAGGGCGCUGCGCAAAAACAGAGAAGCCGAGCGCUCCGAGCUCAGAAACUGCCAGCAGAGAUCCCAGAAGCUGCAUCUGAGACUGAAGGAGGCAAGCAAGGAGGAGACAGAUAGGUUAAGAGAGAGGAAAAAGAGAGAGAGGGAAAGAGGUUAGGAAGAAACGGCAGGCAAGAAACUGCUCACUACAUUUUUAAAGAGCAAGACUGAAGACACUAAGAGAAGAGACUGGAAAUGCCCCUAAAUGAAAACAAGGAGAGAGAAAUUUCUAACAGACAUUCAAACAGAAAACCGAAGGGAAUGAAAGUUUGAUUCUGCAAAACAUUGGUGCUUUUUCUGCAUAAAAUUUUCUCGCUGGUUUCAAACAUUUUUUCCCCUUUUUCCUAGUGGUUUAUUUAUUUAUUUUUUUCAUUAAAAGGCAUGUUUAACGGCUCCAGCGGUAUCUUUCCCUUCUUCUGUUCCUCCUCUUCUUCCUUCUCGUUCUGCUCUUCCUCCUCCUCCUUUUUCUCCUCCUCCUCCUCUUCCUCCUCCUUCUCCUCCUCCUCCUCCUCCCAUCAGCAGGAAGACAAACCGAGGACAGUCUUGAAACAUCGAAAUUUCCUCCUUGGGAUUUGCCUGCACUGCUCUGCGCCAAGACUAUCGGAAUAAAUAAAAGAAGCCGAAAUACUGUAUUAUCAUUAUCUUAUUAAUUGGCCAGUGGUAAGAUUACAGAUGAGGAGCGGGGACGUCUGCCUUCCUUCGUGUGCCAAGCGCGAAAAAGGAGAGGCUGGAUGGUGGGGGGUAGAACCCUAAAAUGAAGCAAAAGGAAUACUAAAUCUUUCCAAGACACCCCAGCCCCGGCAGUUCUGCCACGUAGUGCACUUUUAUUCAUAUAUAUAUAUAUAUAUAUAUAUUUUUUUUUUUUGGAAGGAUUUUGCUGGGGGUUGGGGUGCUUGGGGGGCUGUUGGCUGCAGAGCAACCUUUCCUUUUUUCCCUGUUGGAGAUGAUUGUGCUAUUAUUCUUUGCCUUGCUCUGGAUGGUGGAGGGAGUCCUUGGCCAGCUGCACUACACGGUGCAGGAAGAGCAGGAGCAUGGCACGUUCGUGGGCAAUAUCGCCGAGGAUCUGGGCUUGGACAUUACAAAACUUUCGGCUCGCCGUUUCCAGACAGUCCCCAAUUCGAGGACCCCUUACUUGGACCUUAACCUGGAGACCGGGGUGCUGUAUGUGAACGAGAAGAUCGACCGUGAACAGAUCUGCAAGCAAAGCCCUUCGUGCGUCCUGCACCUGGAGGUCUUCCUGGAGAACCCGCUGGAGCUGUUCCGGGUGGAGAUCGAGGUGUUGGACAUAAAUGACAACCCACCAGCCUUCCCAGAGCCUGACCUGACUGUGGAGAUCUCGGAGAGCGCUACACCAGGCACCCGAUUCCCACUGGAGAGCGCCUUUGACCCAGACGUGGGCACCAACUCCCUGCGCGACUACGAGAUCACCCCCAACAGCUACUUUUCUCUUGAUGUCCAAACCCAGGGCGAUGGCAAUCGCUUCGCCGAGCUAGUACUGGAGAAACCGCUGGACCGGGAGCAGCAGGCGGUGCACCGAUACGUGCUGACCGCCGUGGACGGGGGAGGUGGAGGAGAAGGAGGAGGGGCAGGAGGCGCCGGGGGAGGGGGAUCACCCCCUCAGCAACAGCGCACGGGCACGGCCCUGCUCACGAUCAGAGUGCUGGACUCCAACGACAAUGUACCCUCCUUCGACCAACCCGUGUACACUGUAUCCCUGCCGGAAAACUCGCCUCCAGGUACUCUGGUUAUUCAACUGAAUGCCACGGACCCAGAUGAGGGCCCAAACGGUGAGGUGGUGUACUCAUUUAGCAGUCACAUCUCACCGAGGGCGCGGGAGCUCUUCGGUCUGUCUCCGCGUACUGGCCGGUUGGAGGUGAGUGGGGAGCUCGACUAUGAGGAGAGUCCAGUUUACCAGGUGUAUGUGCAAGCCAAGGACUUGGGGCCCAACGCUGUGCCCGCGCACUGCAAGGUACUUGUACGGGUGCUGGACGCCAAUGACAACGCACCCGAGAUCAGUUUCAGCACUGUCAAGGAAGCUGUGAGUGAGGGCGCGGCGCCGGGCACAGUAGUAGCCCUGUUCAGUGUGACUGACCGCGAUUCAGAGGAGAACGGGCAGGUGCAGUGUGAGCUGCUGGGUGACGUGCCGUUCCGCCUCAAGUCAUCCUUUAAGAAUUACUACACUAUCGUGACCGAGACCCCACUAGACCGCGAGGCAGGGGACUCAUACACUCUGACCGUUGUGGCCCGGGAUCGCGGGGAGCCAGCACUGGCCACCAGCAAGUCCAUCCAGGUGCAGGUAUCAGACGUGAACGACAAUGCUCCGCGCUUCAGCCAGCCUGUCUACGACGUGUAUGUGACCGAAAACAACGUCCCAGGAGCCUACAUCUACGCUGUAAGCGCCACUGACCGGGACGAAGGGGCCAACGCCCAACUUGCCUAUUCCAUCCUGGACUGUCAGAUCCAGGGCAUGAGUGUCUUCACUUACGUGUCCAUCAACUCAGAGAAUGGUUACUUGUACGCGCUUCGCUCCUUUGACUAUGAGCAGCUCAAGGACUUCAGCUUCCAGGUGGAAGCCCGGGACGCAGGCAGUCCCCUUGCCCUGGCCGGCAAUGCCACGGUCAACAUCCUCAUCGUAGACCAGAACGACAACGCCCCCGCCAUCGUGGCGCCCCUUCCUGGGCGCAACGGGACCCCAGCGCGUGAGGUGCUACCUCGCUCGGCAGAACCUGGCUACCUUCUCACGAGGGUGGCGGCGGUGGACGCAGACGACGGAGAGAAUGCCCGCCUCACUUACAGUAUCGUACGGGGCAAUGAGAUGAGUCUAUUCCGCAUGGAUUGGCGCACGGGGGAGCUCCGCACCGCGCGCAGGGUGCCCGCCAAGCGCGACCCCCAGCGGCCUUACGAACUGGUGAUUGAGGUGAGGGACCAUGGGCAGCCUCCUCUGUCAUCCACCGCAACGCUGCAGGUGCAACUGGUAGACGGGGCAGUAGAGCCUUUGGGCGGCGGCGGAGGCGGAGCAGGAGGGGGCCCUGGUGGAGAACACCAGCGUCCUAGCCGCUCCGGCGGCGGGGAGACCUCUCUAGACCUCACUCUCAUUCUUAUUAUCGCUCUUGGCUCCGUGUCUUUUAUCUUCCUACUGGCCAUGAUAGUGCUGGCAGUACGCUGCCAGAAGGAGAAAAAGCUUAACAUAUACACGUGCCUGGCGAGCGACUGCUGCCUUUGCUGCUGCUGUUGCUGUGGGGGCGCGGGCAGCGGGGGCUCCUCCUGCUGCAGCCGUCAAGCCAGGGCGCGCAAAAAGAAGCUCAGCAAGUCGGACAUUAUGUUGGUUCAGAGCUCCAAUGUACCCAGCAAUCCCGCACAGGUACCAGUGGAGGAGUCCGGAGGGUUUGGCUCCCAUCACCACAACCAGAACUACUGCUAUCAGGUCUGUCUGACUCCAGAGUCUGCCAAGACCGACCUGAUGUUCCUCAAACCCUGCAGCCCUUCCCGGAGUACUGACACUGAGCACAACCCCUGCGGGGCCAUCGUCACUGGCUACACCGAUCAGCAACCCGAUAUCAUCUCCAACGGCAGCAUACUGUCCAACGAGGUAAGGCUCAAGCGAAAGGACCACCAUCUAUCAUCUCCUCCAUCAGAAAGCCUCCUCUAGCCCGGCACAUCCAUCCACUGGUGCACCGUACUCUCUCUCUCUCGCCUUGGCUGCCCCUGUGUAUUUAUUUAUUUAUUUAUUUAUUUAUUUAUUUAUUUAUUUAUUUAUAUAUUUAUUUAUUUUAGGAUCUUAGCUUCCUCCUAACGUUAGGGAAGAAGGCUGGCACUUUCCUUCCUCCUUGUAUAACUCGAUGCUCCCAAUCCUCUGUGCACUCUCCUUUCCACAAUCAUUUUGAUUCCUCCUCUCCUAUGCCUCCCCCCCACACACACACACUUUUACUUCCCCACUUCCCUCCCUUCAUCCUUCUCUUUUAACUUCCUUUUUGUCCAUUAAGUUCCCAGAAAGCCAGUCUGGGGAAUAGGGAAAGGGGCGGGGGGAGAGGGGGAGUGAGCUCCAGCACACAUUCAAACAUCUUUCCUCUCUCUGCGUCCGUCUGUCCUAGUGUUUAAUAAAGUGGAUUCUCAUUUGCUUUGUUUAUCAAUGCUUUCAAUCGCCUGUAAACAGAAGCUAAAGUGUGUUUUAACUCUACACAGUUGUCCAAACUCAAUAUGUACCUUUGAUCGAAUGAAUUAUCAGCUCUAUUUCUUCUGAACUCCCAUUGCAAAACGAGCCAGCCAGCAGUUCUCUCUACUCUGGACAGCAACACAGACACUGUUGCAAUCACAUGCCCACCCCGUGUGAAUUUGAAUGAAGCUGGCCUGGCACUGCCCCUUGCUAGAUUAGAUUUACUGGAAUGGUUUCACGGUCACCAGUCCAGCUAUAUUUCUCUUAGUUAAUGACCACCCUCUUUCUUUUCUUGCCACUAUUCUUUGAUACUUUAGUGCUGUAAGCUUUCUUCUUAAAAAGCAUUCGGCCAAACAAUCCAGAUUCAGUUAAAAAAAAAAGAUGGAGAAAAGGCAAAGAGCAAAAAUGGGGGAGGGUUGAAGUGGGGCAUGGAGUAACAAGUAAGUUGGUUUAUGUACAAGAAUGUGUGUGCCUCUGAAAGUGUGUUUGGUGUGUGGGAAGGAGAGUGCAAUGGUUGACUGAAAGGGAGAAGUACCUCUGGGGUUUUAUGAACUCUUCUCUUGGCAGGUGCUUUACUCUCUUUGAGAAUUAGAGUUUAUUAAUUGAUUUUUCACACUAUUUGUAUUGCUCAUUUGUAUGGAAGCACAUUUUGAAAAUAAAGUGACAAAAAGAAUUUUCAUGAAAA